AUGAUUUAAUAAGAUGAAAUUUUUCUCAAAUAGCAAUUUAAACCUUUUUGGAUCGGAUUUUUGGGAAUCCAAGAUCAUUUACAAUAGCUGUAAAAGGAGGCCAGACAUAAUGAAAAUAAUAGUAAAAAAGUACAGCUACAAUAAUUGAGAGAAGAAUAGUGA